AUGUUACAAUGUGUUGAAUGCAAGGCAAGACUCCAUCAUCAAGUAACUCGCCUCACAUUGCCCCUCGGGGCCAUUAUUAAUACUAAUGCUGGGGCCUUGUACAAGUCAGUAGCCUGUAUAUUUAUUGCACAAUACGAAGGAGUUCCCUUGACAAUUGGAAGGUUGAUAAUUAUCAGUAUCACAUCGGCCCUUGUAUCAAUUGGUACAAGAAACCUACCCCAAAAUGGCAAUCUGGGUAUCCUUGCUGUCCUCACAGUUGCUGGUAUCCCUAAUGAAAAUGUCUCCCUAAUUAUGGCAGCUGACUGGAUCUUGAAUCGAUUGGGUGUAACUGUGAAUACCAUUUCUGAUGUUGUUGGAGCUGGUGUUAUACAUCACCUCACGUCAGUAACUGACUUAGCUUGA